UCGCCUCUCUCCCACCCGACGAUUCCCCCGUGCCUACUUUCGGUCUUCUGAGCGCGUGCAAGUCGUCUGCGUCGGCGACGACGAUGAGAAACGGCUUGUAUUCAAUGCACACGACGAUCAUGUUCGCGCUCCUCGCCUUACCCGGCUUUCAAGAAUAUUCCCCACACGAAGCGCAGAAGGUGCCCGGAUGGAGGCAGGACGGGCCCAGCCUCCAGGUCGCUAUUUCAUCAAGGGCAGGGGUCCGGCUCCCAUCGCCAUCGAUUUUGUGUGUGUGUGUGCCGCCGUUGACAGAACACCGUUUCCCAAGCCCGAUGUCCCAUUUCCAAUCUGCGAACUUGUGCGGCGCCCACUGAACCGCUGCGCUGAUGGUUUGCGCGGGUCGGCGGCUCGCACGCGGGCUGCCCAAACGCCUGUACUUAAGCAGAUGGGCCUGAAGGUAUAAAUUCACCGGAUUGC